CCAGAAACAAUUAUCAUUCUGCCUAGAAUCAAACAUCUGCUGUGUUAUUCACUAAGCCACAAAAUAUGGUAGGUAGUAAAACGUACAUACAAAUAUGAUAUUGUUUAAAGGCUCACUAGAAUAACUUAAACUGAAAUAAACUAAAUGUGAUUUUAUUACCUAGUAUAUUUAUAAAUAAAUUUAUUUGACCGGAUUCGAAGUCAGGACAACCGACACCCACACGUUGUUACCCGAGAAAUAUGCUCACAAACCACCUGUUCAAAAAUACGUCAAAUAUAAUAAAUAUUUGUGGAAGAAUUAUGGACAUUUUAUUAGUGUUUAGACAGUAAGUGAUAAUAAUCGCGUGAAUAUGUUUCGCAAUAAAAUCCUCUGCUAUUUAUAUAUAUUAAUAAUAUCGUGUUCUGAAUGUAGAAGGAUAAAACGCGUCGUUGGGGGAAAGGACGUCGCUUGUGGUAUCUUAUUUAUGUAAAACUAAAAACCAGCUUGUGUUUUGUAUCUGUUUUUGUGUCAACUAUAGACCGUUGAAUUUGUUUGAUCUAAGACGCAGGUAAAGCGAAGUUUCGUGCACAACUUUGAUUCAAACGCAGGACUUGAUCGUUUAGAUUAGCCGCUAAGCUUACCGAGCGCCAUUUUUAUAUAUAAACUAUGUUAUUCAUAAACGAUUACCGACCGCGGAAAGGUAUUUAAUGUCCUUAUCAUUCUCGUGAUAGUUUGAAAGUAAACGUGACUAAACUAAAGGCCUCUUAAACGUAAAUAUAAACGAUGUGGAGCCAAGUCGGGUAACUAGUACUUAUAAACAAUGUUAUUCAAGGCACCCAACUCCGGGCGGCAUCUCUGAGGAAUUCGUCAAAUUCUCGUCAUUUAUGUGGUGCGACAAUAUUAUCGCACAACAACGCCAUCACCGCAGCACAUUGCGUUCAAAAUGAACCGGACUAUUACUUCAUGCAAUUGAAUAAUUUCUGUUUUAAUACCCAAGGUGUACCUAAGACUCCGGUACUGAAAAUUACUAGACACGAGUUAUAUGAAGAAUCCUCUCACGUACACGAUAUAGCCGUCCUACAAAUAAAGCUCAAUUUCACAUCGUUCAACGCGACUAUAUUACCUAACUCCUCUUUCGGUGUAUCAGGCAAGUGCACAAUAUACGGGUACGGAUACAAAGACGUAGAGAACAAAGGUACAACGGAAACUUUGCAGUCUGCAGAAGUAAAACUUAUUUCAUUAGACGAAUGCACGUCAUCCCUUGGGCCAUACAUCGCCCCACAACCCGAGGGCGGGAUGAUUUGCGCUAUUGGAGAUGGCGUUGACGCUUGCCAGGGUGAUUCGGGAGGACCACUCAUAUGUUCAGGUUAUAUCCAAGGCCUAAGUAGUUAUGGACUUGGCUGCAAUAUUCCUGGAAAACCCGGUGUCUACGUUAGUACUGGUGCUCAUUUGACAUGGAUAAUGCGUGUGUGUGAGGAGAAUUAAUUACUUCUAGGAUUAAGAACUACUGAAAAUAGCAAAGAUAAUGGAGCGUAUUUGUAUAAAUAUAACCUAAAUAAUUCAUGUAUUCGUAUUGAUACUUAAUUGUACGUAGACUAAGUUUCAGCUUUAUUAGGAAUUCGUGGAUUAAUUAGCGAAGGUACUAUAAACAUUAUGAACAACGUAUUGCAC